AUGCCACCAGCGGGGAGCGGUAGCUCUAGAAAGAUCUCUUUCAAUGUCUCAGAGCAAUACGAUAUUCAGGAUGUCGUAGGAGAAGGCGCGUACGGUGUUGUCUGCUCCGCAUUGCACAAGCCGUCCGGCCAGAAGGUCGCCAUCAAGAAGAUCACGCCCUUUGACCAUUCCAUGUUCUGUCUGAGAACACUACGAGAGAUGAAGCUACUCCGGUACUUCAACCACGAGAACAUCAUCUCCAUUCUCGACAUCCAGAAGCCUCGGAACUACGAGACCUUCACCGAAGUUUACCUAAUCCAGGAACUCAUGGAGACCGACAUGCACCGCGUCAUUCGCACACAAGAGCUUUCGGACGACCAUUGCCAGUACUUCAUCUACCAGACCCUGCGCGCGCUGAAGGCGAUGCACUCAGCAAACGUCCUCCAUCGCGAUCUCAAGCCCUCCAAUUUGCUCCUCAACGCCAACUGCGAUCUGAAGGUCUGCGAUUUCGGCCUUGCCCGCUCAGCCGCCUCAACCGAGGACAACUCAGGUUUCAUGACGGAAUACGUUGCGACGCGUUGGUACCGUGCGCCCGAGAUUAUGCUUACGUUCAAGGAGUACACAAAGGCCAUCGAUGUGUGGAGUGUAGGAUGCAUUCUGGCUGAGAUGCUUAGCGGAAAGCCUCUGUUCCCAGGAAAGGACUACCACCACCAACUCACGCUGAUUCUCGAUGUGCUCGGUACGCCUACCAUGGAGGAUUACUACGGCAUCAAGUCCCGCCGAGCUCGUGAAUACAUUCGAUCGUUGCCAUUCAAGAAGAAGAUUCCGUGGAAGGCCAUGUUCCCUAAAACCAACGAUCUGGCGCUUGACCUGCUCGAGCGGUUACUCGCUUUCAACCCUGUCAAGCGAAUCACAGUCGAGGAAGCGCUCAAGCACCCAUACCUUGAGCCGUACCAUGACCCAGAUGACGAGCCGACGGCCGACCCUAUCCCAGAGGAGUUCUUCGAUUUUGACAAGAACAAGGACAAUCUGACCAAGGAGCAGCUCAAACAAGUUCUCAUCUACCAGGAGAUUAUGCGGUAA